CUUGCCGAUAUGUCAGGGUGUUUGGACCAAAUUCAAUGCAACUGCUUCAUCGAUAUGGAAGGGAAAAGAAAUGCGGUGGCCUCAUGUGCUGCUUCAGUCCUAUUUUUUGCUGGAUGGUGGCUCAUGAUUGAUACUGCAGCUGUAUACUCUCCAAAAGAUUGGUCUAACGUUUAUAUCAUAGUUACUAUUUUUGCAACAGUGGCAAUGUUUAUGAUCAAUGCUGUUUCAAAUAGUCAAGUAAGAGGAGAAGCUAUGCAGGAGGGUAUUUUAGGGACGAAAGGUUCUCGACUAUGGCUAAUGUGUGGGUUUGUUCUUUCUUUUGCCUCUUUGGUGGCUGCGAUGUGGAUAAUGCUGGAAGACUACGUGCUUGUUCCAGGCGAUCACGCGAACUGGCCUGGAGUUGUACUGUUUUUGCACAUUUUUCUCAUCUUUGUAGCAUCUUUAGUUUAUAAAUUUGGUCGCACAGAAGAGCUCUGGGGAUAA